AUGUCGGAUCGGUUAACUCAAUUACAGGAUGUUGUUAAUUUGUUAGCUGAUCACUUAUGUAAUGCAACAGGUGUUCUGCAAGAAACAGCUCGACCUAGUCGGUUUGGUGAUUUUGAACAAAAUUCCUCGAGUACCACAACGAAUGUUGACAAUAAUGGCGACGACUAUUCACGAUUAUUUGCAACGUAUAUAACACGCACAACGAGUGAACUUGUUGCUCUUAUUGAUUCAUUGCCAACGAUUCCAUCUACAGAAGAUGAUUUGGCAGAACAACAUGGACAGUUAGAAUUAUUGGAGCAAGAGAAUAUUGCAGCAACAACGAGAUUGGAGCAAACAACAGAAUUAGCCGAGUAUCUUCUCGAUCAAGUGCAAACAUGUUUACAAUCUCUAUCACAAGCUUUACUUGAUGAACGAAAAAAAUUUCAAAAUGGGCAAUAA